UGUACUAUUAUCGUUGCUAACAAGUCACCUGACAGGCAGAGUAAAAAUGCGGUUCCGUUUUUGUGGUGAUUUAGACUGUCCAGAUUGGGUUCUCGCUGAAAUUAGCACAUUGGCAAAAAUAUCAAGUGUCAAGAUGAAACUCCUCUGUGCUCAAGUGUUAAAAGACCUUCUUGGAGAGGGCAUCGAUUAUGACAAAGUCACAAAGCUAACUACUGAUGCAAAGUUUGAAAGUGGUGAUAUCAAAGCCAGUGUUGCAGUGCUGAGCUUCAUUUUAUCAAGUGCUGCCAAACAUGAUGUGGACAGUGAUUCACUUUCAAGUGAGCUGCAACAGCUCGGCCUUCCAAAAGAGCACACCACAGGCCUGUGUAAAUCAUAUGAGGACAAGCAUACGGCCCUGCAGGAUAAACUGAUAGAGACCAGCUUGAGACUUGGACGUCUGGAAGCCGUGUCAUGGAGGGUUGACUACACACUAAGCUCAAGUGAAAUGAGGGAGGUGAACGAGCCAACGGUGCAGCUUAAACUGCAGGCGCAAGGUGCAGAGUCAGGCUCCACAGAGACCACAAUUGUGUCCAUUUCCGCAGACAAAUUUAGAGUCCUGUUGACAGAGCUAAAGCAUGCUCAAGCCAUGAUGAAUGCACUGCAAUGAAGAUGAAGAUGGAGUAU